UCGAGAUACAAGGGUUUUAGGUUUAGCUCUGCUUUAUAAAAUCGCCUCAGUUCUGUCUUCUAUCCAUUUGCUUGCAGUCUGGCCGCUUCGCUAUCUCGCCUGAAGGAGAUUUAUUAAACAAUAGAAUAUCAACAACAAAAAAUGUCAAGUGAAGAGGUUGCUCCUGUGGCUGAGACCACCCCGGCCCCUCUUGGCGAGGCCAUGGAUCUCAUGACAGCAUUGCAGAUUGUUCUCAGAAAGUCACUUGCUCAUGGGGGCCUUGCUCGGGGCCUUCAUGAGGGUGCAAAAGUGAUCGAAAAGCAUGCUGCCCAGCUGUGUGUUUUGGCAGAGGACUGCAACCAGCCUGACUAUGUCAAGUUGGUCAAAGCUCUCUGCGCUGACCACAAUGUGAGCUUGCUGACAGUUCCAAGUGCAAAGACCCUCGGCGAGUGGGCUGGUUUGUGUAAAAUUGACUCUGAGGGAAAGGCUAGGAAGGUUGUUGGUUGUUCAUGUGUUGUUGUGAAGGACUUUGGCGAGGAGAGUGACGGUCUUAAUGUUGUCCAACAGCAUGUUAAGUCUCACUGAGUAGUUGCAAACGGUCCUAAAACUGCUGCGAUUUUGGUUCAAUUUGUUGGCCGACUCACUUUAAGGAGGUUUUUUUUGAGUGUUUAGUUGAUAUUACCUUAGUAUUUUGUUUACCUUAAUUUCGGUAGAACAUCUAUUUUUCAUACAUGUUGCUGGAUCAAACAAUUUUGGUUUGAGCAAAAAUUGACACUGAGCAUAUGUCCUUUUAUAA